ACAUCAUAGACAUUACUAGUGAGUGAGUGAGGUAAUAUUUAACGUCACAUCGGCAAUAUUUCAGCCAUAUCGUGACGGGAUGGACAUUACUAAGACACCCUAUGUCACAAUCAUUUCAGUACAACAAUAGCUCUGAGCGGGCUGUAUCACAUUUCUAAUCGCCAUCACAUGAUUGUAGGUGCGUCAUGGACAUUGCACAAGUGAUAAGCGAAAGGAAUAUACUCGCGGUUAUCCACGUCAACUGAUAACGUGUUCCUCAUUCAGUUGUUUGUAAAUACCAAGCAAUAUAGGACGUCUUUAACAUUAAUGUGCCUUGUUCAAGACUAACGUGUACAAGCAGAAAGUCUAUCGAAUUGUGGCCCAGGUUCCCAAAUGAGGCUCUCGGUAUUCUGGUCCCCCUUUCUGGUUCUAGGUUUUGCUCCAUGGUCAGUGCUUUCCGCGCCGGAUGUCAACUCAACAUGGGGACAGAUACAAGGUGUGGAUAAAGUCAGCAAAGAUGGCCUUCCAUACUUUGGAUACUACGGAAUCCCGUACGCGAAACCCCCGACUAGCAACCUGAGGUUCCGCAGACCGGAGCCUCACCCAGGUGUGGCGGAUGUGUUCAAUGCCACUGCGUAUGGAUAUGCGUGUCCAUCUUUACAAAUUACGAACUCGAGCCUCUCAGAUGAGGACUGUCUCACGCUGAAUGUGUUUCUGCCCAAUUCCACUGAAGUGUCUUCCCAAACGCCAGUGAUGGUGUGGAUACACGGUGGAGGAUUUAUGGCUGGCUCAGCUGAAGAAUAUGAGCCAUGGAAACUGGUGACAGAGACUGGCGUCAUCGUCGUCACCAUCCAAUACCGGCUGGGAAUAUUCGGAUUCAUCAGUACUGGAAAUGACGUCGCUCCAGGUAACUACGGAUUAUGGGAUCAACACCUGGCGCUCCAGUGGAUCAAGACUAACAUUGAAGCUUUUGGUGGUGACAGCAACAACAUCACCAUCAUCGGAGAAUCUGCAGGGGCGGCGAGUGUGGCCUAUCACGUGUUGUACCCGGGGUCAAAGGGGCUGUUCCAGAGAGCAGUUCUACAGAGUGGAGCUGUCACGCCUGUUUGGGGGUACAAAAGAAAUCCAGUGGCAACGCUGAUGCUUGUCGCCAGGGCUGCUGAUUGUCUCACCGAGGACACUGAUCCAAUUGCCCUGCAAAAACUAAUAAUGAACUGUCUGAGAAACCUGACAGCGGACACACUCCUUCGUGCCUCUGUCAUACACGGUUCAAUGGCCCACAACCUGUUAUUCCUGUCAUGGCUGCCGACAAUGGAUGGAGUCUUUAUACACGAUGAACCAGCAAAACUUAUGUCGGACCACACGUUUCUGUCCACGACCGUCCUGAAGGACGUGGAUGUCCUAGUUGGCGUCAAUAAUAACGAAGGCGGGAUGAUGUACGACAUUGCUGUUAUGUUUGACAGACUUUUGAACACAACAUACGUCAAUGAGAUCUUCCGACCAACGCCAUACUACACAGACAUCCUACCGCAGAUAACAAAUCUGACGUUAGGACAACACAAUCCAGUAGUCGAUGACGUCAUUGGAUUUACCUACACCUACCCACGCCCUGAUGCCAAUGUGAGCCUACCCCAUUACCAGGUCUUCGACACUUAUGGUGAUCCAGCAUUUUAUGUUCCAGCCAUUUUGUUUUCCAGAGUUCACGCCAUGUUGAAGACAGACAAGAAAACCUACUUGUAUCUGUUUGAUCAUUACCCGUCAUUCACUGAAGACUCCCCGGUGAAAGGGAUGGUCCACGGUAUGGACAUCAUGUAUUUGUUUGGUCAGCUUGACCGCGAAAACAGAAACAUUUCUCAGGAGGAAUUUAAACUUGCCGACAACUUUACAGCUUUCAUAGGGGCAUUUGCUAAGUCGAGUGAUCCUAAUUCAGUGCUGGAGAUGCAGAUAGGGACGCCAUGGCCUGAGUUUGACGCCAUGUCCGAACACUAUCUGUCUUUCAACACCAAUAUGUCCAUCCAAGAACACCUUUAUUCUAAAAGAGCUUCGCUUUGGCUUGAUCUUGUCCCGAUGCUGAAUGAAGCACCAUCUCCAACGUCGCCCACAACAACACAAACAUCCGUCCCAACAUCGUCUCCACCGCCAGAGUGCUCUGACGACUCAAGAGUUGCAGUCAUAGCGAUGGGCUCCACACUCGGCGCCCUGGUCCUUGCAUUCGUUAUUACAAUUGUGUGUUUCUGCAUCAAAGCUCGCUCCUCUGAUGAUCAACAGAGCUUCUCGCUCUACUAAAUGAACACAUUUCGUUGAAAGCAACAUGAGUACACCUUGUCAGCAUCAACAUGAACACAUCUCGUCACCAGUAACAUGAGCAGAUCUCGUCACCAGUAACAUCAGCACAUCUCGUCACCAGCACCAUAAGCACAUCUCGUCUCCAGCACCAUAAGCACAUCUCGUCACCAGCACCAUAAGCACAUCUCGUCACAGUAACAUGAGCACAUCACGUCACCAGCACCAUAUGCACAUCUCGUGACCAUCACCAUGAGCACAUCUCGUCACCAGCACCAUAAUCACAUCUCGUCAGCAACACCAUAAGCACAUCUCGUCACCCUCACCAUAAGCACAUCUCGGCACCAGAAACAUAAGCAGAUCUCGUCCCCAGCAUCAUGAGCACAUCUCGAUACCAGGAACAUUAGCACUUCUCGUCACGAGCAACAUGAGCACAUCUCGUCACCAGCAACAUUAGCACUUCUCAACACAAGCAACAUUAGCAUUUCUCGUCUCCGGAGACAGUGGUUGUUGUGCAUGUUAUACUCUCAUAUAACUAUAAAAAUGUAAAUUAAUUUACUCA